AUGAGACGACUCUUUCUUGAACUAUAUAAUAAAAAGAUCUUCCCCUCCACACCAAUCACGAGUUUUUCUCCAUUCCUCUCGUAUAUCGUCGUAACGCCCUUAAUACUAGGUUUUGAAAAAGACUUUUCAUGUCAUUCCCAUUUAGGUCCGAUUCGGAUCCCUUCGUUGUUUUCUUUCCCUCCCGCGCCUUUUCCUCGAAAUGAGAAAGAAGAUGGUACACUCGAAUUUUAUUAUUUAAGUGCUUAUUGCUUGCCAAAGAUCCUACUUCUACAAUUGGUAGGUCACCGGGUUCUUCAAAUAAGUUGUGUUUUCUGUGGUUUUCCCAUGUUACAACUUCCGUACCAAUUCGGUCGAUCCGGAAUGGAUCGGUUAAACAUUCCAUCAGGGAGCCUGGUCUUUACUCUUCUGUGUGGUAUUCAUUCUCGUUUGGCUCUUGGAAUCACAUCCGGCAGUGGUGGGAACAGCUCGCAAAAUCCAACCACUUCACCUACUUCAUUGCCCCCAACCGUUUCUCGUACCUCUAUUGAAACAGAAUGGUUUCAUGUUAUUUCAUCGAUUGGUUAUUCCUCUCCGUUCGUCUCUCUUUUUCCAAUUGCGGUCUCAAUGAGUUUACAAGAUUGA